UUACAGAUGAGCAGCCUGGCCGGGCCCAGGCCCCAGCUCUGCUGCUAUGGCUCAGACAAGCAGUUCAGCAUAUGGGAGGUAGAGAUGGGGGAAAUCCAUGUGGAGGUCGCACCUCUGGCCAGGUGGAGGGUGUUUGUGGAUGGAGAGGAACCCCCCGACCUCCAUCUCUUGCCUGGAUUACUGCGCUGCUCUGGGGUUGGUGGUGGUGUCGGGACCUGGGGGCACUUUGGAAGUGUGGGAGACUCGGGGUGUGCAGUUGGCCGAGAUACGCCUGGGUAUGCCGAUUAGUCAGUUGUGCUUCGCUAACACCCGCGGGGACCUUCUGGCCUGCUUUGGAGGCACCAUCUGCAUCAUCUUCGGCCUGCGCUACCUGCCUGCCAGGCUGCUGCAGCAGGUACUGGACCUGGCCCCCGCGGAUGACAUCCUAGAGGAUCCCAUCCCGUUUCUACCUCGCUCCCAGAGCUGCUAUGAUAUGUAUUUGGUGCCACGGAUGUUCCUGAAGCCUGGGCAGGCCACGCCAGAGUUGAAUGAGACCCCAGCGGUACUUGAUGUUGUGAGGCCAGAAAGCGCAGGAUGUAAGAAUGUACUGGACGUGCUGAACAGGGACAGGAAGAAGAACUCUCUGAUGAUUCGGGCACCAACUCCACCAAUUGUAAAAAGGGAUAAACCAGGUUCCUGGUCUUGUGCUCUCCGAUUGGUUAAAACUUUGGAGGAAGAAUUGAAUCUGGAGGACGAGCCAAUGGAAGGGUCAGGAGACGGGGACAAGUCUCAAACACCAUUCGAGCCUCUCCCCCCAGACACACUUCUUCUGGACUGGCCCGUGGCUCCAGACGGCUUCCUCCCCAACUCAGUGCUGCGUAACUGGAAUCUGAAGCAGGAGCCACCCAAGGCAGUUUUGCCAAAGGAGGCCAAAGCCCUUUGCAGACCAUUGUCACAGUCAGAGGAUGAACCAGAGCACUCACCAGUAGUCACCGUCAUCCUCGCUAAGGCCAAAGAAGCAAGACUCAACAAACCAAUCCCCAUGCCUAAGCUGUUUGACACCCCAACCGAGUAUGAAUCCCCACCCGAAGAUGACAAAAACAAGCUUCUGAAGCAUAUCUCCGAGAGCAUAUGGCUGGUCUCCAGACCUGAUGUGGAUUUGGUGGAAGUCAUGAAAUCCCUGAUGUUGACCAUGGAGGGUAUGGACAGUGAUGUCUAUGAGAACUGCACAGAGGCCCUGCUCAGCAUGUUCCAGACCUACGACAUCCCUCCGGAGAUCAUAAAUAACCUCACCUUCUGCCUCCUAAAACAUAUCCAGAAGGGGAACCCCCACUGGAAACGCCUGGAGGCCAUGAAGAACUUAGAUCAGCUAGAUCACUUCCAGGACAAACACCUGUACUUGCUGGCGGAGGUUCUCCUAGACCCAGCGAUGGAACUGCGAGAGAUGGCCAAGAACAUCCUGAGCCGGGUCUACGGCAUUGACAACAAGACCAGCCUGCUGAAUAGAAUGCAGGCCAAUGAAGACGUACCCAAGAUGCUCUAUAAACAUCUAGAAAGAAAACUGUCUGAUGAUCUGGAGCACAAAAAAUCUACAGAUGCUCCCGCCAAACCCGUCGGCGGAAGGCUGUCCAGGCCAUAUGUACACAGGGACUCCAGUCCCUUGGAGUGCACUGCAAAGGACAACGGCACUCCAAGCUCAGAGCAAGAUCACAUGCGGACUCCUGACCUCCCUCUCAUUAGGUCCCUUGGGUGUAACCAUGAAUCUUCUAUCCUGAAAGAGGAGCCGGGACUCAGCCCACCAGGGGACGACUUCAUGCGCCCCCACCGCUUACCAAAGAAAUUCCGCAAAUUCUCUCUGUCCACAGCCAAGUGGGACAGCAUUGUGGAGAUCCCGGAGGAAGGGCACGUACAGGUAUAUGACCCCACCAUCAUAGAACUCUACAAGACAUCCAAGACCCAUAAGCAGUUGUGCAGCCAGCUCCCCACCACCAAGGCCCCCAGUGACUCUGGGGUGAGCUCCAUGGGGGUGAGCAAGGAGGCUAGUCUGGUGCAACUUCCAGACAGCCCACAACACUUCAGACUGAAGCCCGUCAAGGGUAAGAUGGACUCCAACUGGAGGGAGAGCCUGUACAAGCUUGUAUCCCAAUAUGGCUUCCGCUCCCCAAGGGCCAGACUGACCACUCUUGGCCCUCUGGAUGUCCCAGGGGCUGCCCAGCGCAACUCCUGCACCCUGUCCCCUUUUCAGACCAGGAAGGCCAGCCAAGUGUCCCUGGGCCAAAGGGUGGUGCGGAAGAUCCAUUUAAGGGAGUCGUCGUUUGAGAGGCCCCCCUCCCAGUUCCACCAUGAGCUGCCCCUGCCCUGGCAGCUCAACAGCCACACCAUGGACCCCUCUGGAGAAAGCAUGUAUGGGAGGCUGGAGGUGGACUGGGUGAGGGAGCCAAUGGAGCCACGGAGAGGGAAGAUGCAGAAAGUGAAGCUGCCCCCUAUAAUGCCUAGGUGUCAUCCAUCCUAACCACCAGGGGGCAGUGUGGGGCUAAGGUUUCAUUUAGGCAGUGUUGUAUUGUCUCCAGAUAUCUGCUCGAUAAACAUCCCUCAAAUUGUGAUGGAAUUGUAAUGCAUUAAGCUUGUUGUUGUA